AUGCUGAUAUUUUCUGAAUGUGGAAGUCAAUAUCGAAUCUCUAGCUGGAAGGAUUUCACUCGUUUACAGACCAUUUCCUUCCUUAGGGUAAUGUCGAUAUUUCUACUUCACUUUCAAAUUAAUACAGGUAUUGUUCAUUUAUUUAUUCAAGAUGGAGGGCAACAUCUAAUGGUUUUGGACGCGACACUACAAAGCUAUCGCGACAGAGCUUCACAACUGAACUUCCUCUACCACGACGAACCAGCACUUCAAACGGAGAGCUUUGAAAAUAUCUACCUUGAUCUAUCGAAACAGUCGGGAAAAUGCAAACUUGCUGAAAGUGGGCUAGGCUGGAAACCAUCGGGAGAAGGAGAGACAUUUACGCUUGAUAAAAGUAAUGUUGGGGCCGCCCAGUGGAGCCGUGCUGCAAAAGGCUAUGAGUUAAAGAUUCUGCCGCGCACUGGUGGUGUUAUCCAGCUUGAUGGCUUCGAUCAAGAGGACUUCGAACGCACUAGCAAAGCAUUCAAGCUAUGGUAUGGCGUAAACCUUGAAACUCGAGAACAUGCCCUUCGAGGCUGGAAUUGGGGCAAAGCAGAUUUUGGGAAAGCAGAAUUGUCGUUCAAUGUUCAAAAUAAGCCCGCAUUUGAAAUUCCGUAUUCAGAAAUCUCGAAUACGAACUUGGCGGGAAGAAAUGAAGUUGCCGUCGAAUUCUCACUUCCAACCGAUGGUGUUUCAAACGGAACAAAUGGGCAGCCUGGAAGCACAAAAAAUCGUGGUAAAAAGGCUGGUGCUGGGAAAGAUGAGUUAGUCGAAAUGAGAUUCUAUAUUCCGGGUACUGCAGUAAAGAAGGACCAAGGAGAGGAGGGAGAUGAAAAGAGUGCCGAUGGCGAAGAGCCUGAAGAACAAAAUGCUGCCAACCUUUUUUAUGAAACAUUAAUUGACAAAGCUGAAAUCGGCGAAGUCGCGGGAGAUACUUUUGCGACAUUUCCAGAUGUGUUGCAUCUUACUCCAAGAGGACGGUUCGAUAUCGAUAUGUACGAAAAUUCUCUUCGUCUUCGCGGUAAAACAUAUGAUUAUAAAAUCCAAUAUCAAUCCAUCAAGAAAUUCUUCUUGCUGCCUAAAAAUGAUGAUACGCACACAUUGAUUACGCUUGGAUUAGACCCUCCUCUGCGACAGGGCCAGACCAGAUAUCAUUUUCUUGUCAUGCAACUAAAGCUAGACGAUGAGUAUAACCUUGACCUAAACAUGACUGACGAAUUACUUCAAACACGGUAUAAGGAUAAACUCCAAGCUCAUUACGAGGAACCUAUUCACCAGGUCAUCACGAAAGUAUUCCGCGGUCUUUCUGGAAAAAAGGUCAUUUUACCAUCCAAAGAUUUUAUCAGGUCAGCACAAACUCACUGCCGCAAUGGCGAAAAUAACUCAGCUCCCUCCGAAUCGUUUAAACGGAUUAGGAUCAGAAAUACUAAUAGUCAAUCCAGUCACCACCAGCACAGCGGUAUCAAAUGUUCAAUCAAAGCAAACGAAGGCCUUCUAUUCUGUCUCGAUAAAAGCUUCAUGUUUGUCCCUAAACCUGCAACGUACAUCCAAAUCGAGAACAUAUCUGUCAUUACUAUGUCGCGUGUUGGUGGCGCGGUAUCAACUAGCCGGACCUUUGAUAUUACAAUGACCCUUAAGGGUGGCGGCGAUCAUCAAUUUAUCAACAUCAACAGAGAGGAGCAACAACCAUUAGAGGAGUUUUUCAAAGCAAAAAAUAUCCGUUUCAAGAAUGAAAUGGCUGAGGAUGCUUCUGCACUUAUUGCCGAGGCGCUCGACAAUGACGAACUCAUGGAUUCCAGUGAGGACGACGUCGCAGGGGCUAACCGAGGAUCGGCGGAUGAGGACGAAGAGUCGGUCGAUGAGGACUUCCAGGCUGAAUCGGAAUCGGACGUGGCCGAGGAAUACGAUUCUGCUCAUGAGAGCAGCGGUAGUGGUAGCGAUGCUGAAAUGGAAGACGCCAACGAUGCUAACGGACCAGAUGAGGAAGAGAACAAUAGGCCGAAGAAGAAAGUCAAGGCAGAAAAGUAA